AUGCUUAGAGUAAAUUCCCGAUUAUUGAUUACUCGAAAAUCUCAAUUUAUGUUUACUUCUACUUCCUUAAGGUUUUUAGCAACCUUUAAACCAGCAAACCCAUUGACUACUCAUGAUAUUAAUCCACAAACAGUUGAGGCAAAAUAUGCUGUACGAGGGAAAAUCCCAAUUAUUGCUGAUGAAUUGAAUGAAUUGAUUCAAAAACAACCACAGCUGCAUGGAUUACCAUUUAAUAAGAUCAUCAAUGCCAACAUCGGUAACCCCCAACAAUUGGAACAACGCCCAUUGACUUGGUAUCGUCAAGUAUUAUCUCUUUUACAAUACCCUGAUUUAUUGAAAAAUGGAGACCCUGAAAUCGUCAAAUCUCUUUAUCCGCAAGAUGUGAUUGAACGAGCACGAUCAAUUUUGAAACACAUUGGAUCCAUAGGGGCAUAUUCUCAUUCUCAAGGAGCCAGCUAUUUUCGACAAUCUAUUGCCGAAUUUAUAACUAAGCGUGAUGGUGGUUAUGUAUCCCAUGCUAACAAUAUUUUUUUGACUUCCGGGGCAUCAACCGCAGUGUCGUAUUUAUUACAAAUUUUGUCCGUCAAUGAAAACUCCGGGUUUUUAAUCCCUAUUCCACAGUAUCCAUUGUAUACUGCCACUAUUGCCUUGAAUAAUGCCAAACCAAUUGGUUAUUAUCUUGAUGAAUCAAACCAUUGGUCAACUAACCCUCAGGAGAUUAGAAAAUUGAUUGAAACCAAUCAACAGCAAGGUAUUAAUAUCAAGGCAUUGGUGGUUAUUAACCCUGGGAACCCAACCGGGGCAAUUUUAUCAUCACAGGAUAUAAUUGAGUUGAUAGAUGUUGCUGCCGAGUAUGGAAUUGUUUUAAUUGCCGAUGAAGUCUAUCAAGAAAAUAUUUUCAAAGGGAAGUUUGUCUCAUUCAAAAAAAUCUUGUCGGAAUUGGUUGAACAAGAUCCUCAAACUUAUCAACACGUUCAAUUAGCAUCAUUGCAUUCGACAUCGAAAGGUGUUAGUGGAGAAUGUGGACAACGUGGUGGAUAUAUGGAAUUAGUUGGGUUCAAACCAGAAGUUAAAGAUGUGGUUUUCAAAUUGGCAUCGAUCAACUUAUGUUCGGUUGUUUCGGGUCAGGCAUUAAUGGAAUUGAUGAUUAAUCCUCCUCAAGAAGGUGACCCUAGUUACCCCUUGUACAAAAGUGAAACCGAGUCAAUUCAUAAUGAUUUAGAAUCAAGAGCAGAAUCACUUUAUCAAGCAUUUUUACAAAUGGAAGAUAUCAAAUGUAAUAAACCAAUGGGGGCUAUGUAUAUUUUCCCCACUUUAGAUUUCAAUCCAGCUCAAUACCAUAAAUUAUACUCAAGAGCUAAAAACUCCAAUUUACAAAUUGAUGAUAUUUAUUGUAUUGAAUUAUUAGAAAAUACAGGUAUUUGCUGUGUUCCUGGUAAUGGGUUUGGUCAAAAACCCGAUACGUAUCACUUAAGAACAACGUUUUUACCCCCAGGUAAAGAAUGGAUUGAUAAAUGGAUAAAUUUCCAUAAAUCAUUUAUUAAAAAAUAUAAAGAUGAAUAG